AUCACACCCGUUUUUAAACCAUGUAGCGUUUUUUACGACAAUCGUUUUUUAAGCAAUCGAGCUAACAGCCGAGCCUGCUUCCAGAAUGGCUGACACAUCCCCAAAAAAGGAGCACGACUGGACGUCUGAAGUUGUCAUAAGACAAGCUCAAAUGAGCGAUGUUACUGGGAUCUUCAACCUCAUGAAGGAGGUCCAAUGGAAUUUCAGUAAAGACACCAUCGCCACUUUGCUAAAAAUCGUUGAAGAAGGCGGAGAGUUCAUAGUUGCAGACUUGAACGGGCUGGUUAUUGGUGCUCGUGUCGUCUUCAUACUAGACCACGAGACUGCGUCUGUUGGAUUUUUCGCUGUAAAACCUGAAUAUCGAGGAAAGACUGUUGCCAAGCAAAUAGCAGCCCGUGUCCAGAGCAUUAUAGGGGAACGGAACCUUAUACUGUGGUCAUUGCCACCACGGAUAGCACCAAAUAUGAAAGUUGGGAUGCAGCUGAGCAAUGGAAGUUACUGUCGUUUAUUCUACUGCCGAGGAAAACUGGACCUUACAACACUUUCCCCAGAACAAACAGCAGGUACGUUGUAG